UAAACGGGAAAGACGACGCGUUAAGAGGCACGUCUCCGCUUCGGCUCUUGCGGGCAGCAUGUCGGGCCCCUCCUUGGAACCAACCGGGCCGGUAAAAGCUAGCGUCGUCGGCGCCACGCGCUCCCGUCGGAAACUCCUGACAACGGAAGAAGCAGAGCUCUUUGAGCUGGCGCAGGCGGCGGGAACGAGCAUCGACCCGGAAGUUUUCAAAAUUCUGCUGGACCUUCUGCGUAUGAACGUGGCGCCCACGGCGGUUUUCCAGAUGCUGCGAUCCAUGUGCGCAGGGCAGAGACUCGCCGCCGAAGGCGCUCCGGAGCCUGCGCGAGAGCCCCCAUUUGUCUCUGCCAAGACCAGUAAAAUCCCUGCACCUCUCUCACUUUCCUCUGCCCUUCGACCUCCGAGAAUAAGAGUCACUCAGGCUGGGGUCUACGGUCCCGCUGCGGCUUGCUCGCCUCUCUCUCAAGGUCCCCCUGGCUCUUUCCAGUUUUCUUGCUGCCUGUUCUCUCCUUUUGCAGGGAGAACCAGAACUGGUCCCACAACAGCCGGGCCCCAAACCCUGUCCGAUCACAGCAGCCGGGAAGGAUCCGGCCAACGAAUACCGCGGCAGCCAAGCGCCAGCCGGCUGCAGAAGUCAGGGAAAAGCACAUAGCUGUUUGGAAAGCGAAGGGCGAAAGAAGCCCAGCUCUAGGAUCACAGUGAGAUGGCAGCUUAUCGAGGGCUUAUGGUGACUGAUUAGCCUUGGAACUCAACAUGUAUUUAGGAAUGUUAAUAAAGUGUCAUGCAAAGGACAUAUCAGGAAAGUAAGUGCCAGGAAUGGAAUGAAGAUUGGUCACUGCAUAAACCUCAGACACAUUAACUAGUAAAAAUUCAUCUGUAUGUAGCUGACUACCAUGGUUGCUUUUGUGUUCUGAUUCAAAACAAAUUCCCUUACAGUUGUUAUGUUACAGCUGUUUGUGUGGUUACUUCUAUACACAUCAGUGGAUGACCUUUCUCUCCAACCCCUUUCUUAAGGUUGGUGUUUUAAAAAAACAACAACAAAAACUCAUUUCUUUCUCUGCCAGGCAGCCAGAUAUGUCACAUGUUUACUAAGUUCUACUGAGUUCAGUUGUGUUUACACCCAAGUAUACAUCAGGUCUACAGCCUUUGUCCCUUGCAAAUCCUCCUGUAUUUAUAUCCUGCCCUUCUUCUUGGAGAGUUGUGGGUUGUAUAAAGUUACAAAUUUCAAAAAUGGGCAUAUUUUAAAAAAUAUGGGGCCAAUAUUGCUGGAAGAGAAAGAGCAUUUGAGGUUGGCAUUUCAUAACCUGGCACAAACCAUGUCAACACUGCCAGGUGCUCAGGCUGUCAGCAACUGGACCAAAUCCAGGAUGCCUAAUUUUUUUUAAGAGCAAAAAGGUUAUAAAUCUGGCUUCAGAAAGCAGCCAGCUAAUCCAUCUGGGACAGUACAUGGCUGUUUGGAUUGUCCCCUGAAUGCAGCCCGCAGGUUAUUAUCCCUAACCCUGCCCUUCUGUUACAGCUUAGUUAACCCUCCAGUCCUGUUUCUAAUCCCUGUGUUUUCUUGAUUCCUCAGCAGUUUCAAAGGUGUUUGUCUGUUGUCUUGAUCUUUCCCCUGUAUUUUCUCCAUGACCUUUCGCCUCAGUUGGACACGCAAAUGUGUAGCAGUGGGUGAAAUUUGGAAAGACACAGGCUGAGGAAAUGCCCCGCCCUGAUCUCUGUGCCCCAGAAACCCCUACUCAUCCUGGUACUUUGAAGUGUGUAUAUGUAUUGAUCCGAUUUCUUAAAUAUAUGUCAGAAAUGUGUUGUUGUUUUUUUAAUUAAGCGGUUUCAUGGUAUCCUCCCUAAACCAGCUAAUGUUUGCACUAUGCCAACCACCUAUUUGUCUUGGACACUCUACCAGUAUUUGUUUUUCUGUAAAUGUUCUUCUACUCAGUAAAGUUCUGCAAAAUAUAUUAAAACAAGUUUCUGCGGAUGCUAGAGUCCUGUGACUUCAAAGCCUCUGCUAUGUAGGUAGUAGCAUGUAUCGCCAUUCCCCUUAUAUAGUUGUAGGACUUUGGAGUCCUUAGUUAAACCUGUAAUCUUCCACUGGCUAAGAGAAUUGUCAUUAUGUAGUAAUACAAAACUGCAAUUGAUUCAAAAGGAUUCCUGAUUUGCAAAUGUAUGCAGGACGCCCCCCCCCCCCAUUACCACUUCCUUCCUUGUUCAGUGUAUUGUGGAACUUAAAUCUGUUUCUUCCUUCUCCAGAAGAACCUUUAAUUUGUCUCCUGCUUUACACUGUCAAGGAAGAAAUCACAUGAUAAGCUGAGAAAUACCCUGGUACCUCUGUCAACACUGCCGUGCACAGGCUAAGUAGGACCUUUGGCCAAAUGUGCUUUUUGGGCAGACUGCCGUAUCUUCAAAAUAAA